AUGUUCUGUAAUGACACGGGGGCGCAGUGGGGGGGGGGGGGGUGGCAUGAGGGGGGGGGGGGCAGGAAGAAGGGAGGGAGCAUGUGGGGGAAGGGGGGGUUGAGUGCGAUCGAUCGGCAGCGGGCUGUUCGCGGCGUUGGGAGCGCGCGGAUCCAUUGUGUAGGAAUUAUGAUUGAUGUCACUGUGGAAGGGACCAAGGUGUGCGCCGAUAAUGAUGAAUGCGCUCCCCGUGUCCGCCGCCCGAACGCCGCUCGGUGGAUCAUGCGCUGCGCCGCCGUGUCAACGUGUUUAUGUUUCAUUAAAGACGGUGGCGCGGUGCGGUGUGCCGUGUGUGUAGCCGCGUGUCCUAGAAGCAGCUCGUGGUGUUAA